GAAAAGAGAAAAACCAGAAGGUCCAGAACAACAGUGCACCGGAGCGGUUGCUCCCUCCAUUUUUACUUGGAUUGGUAGAAUAAAAGUGAAUUUCGGUUUAAUAUUACGAUCUGGUGAAACCCAUUUGAUCCAAUUGUUUGUGGGGAAGAAAAAUAAUAUGGUGGGAUGAAGCAGUGGGCGAAGGAGGUGGGAGAUGGCUAGAGAAGGAAGAGGACUGAAUUGGGGUGGUUCGGGUCAGUGUUCGUAUAAAAGAAUCACUCUGAUCGUUUUCUCCUUUAACAUCAUUAUUGUUCUCUAUUGUCUACAUUCUCUCUAUUCUUCUCUCUACAUUUAUUCCAACAAAGAUGAUGGUGUUGUAAAACAUACACCAGAUCAUAUAAGGAAAAUGGAAAAAUCACUUAGGAUUCGAAGAGCCAAUGAACCUAUAGAACUUAUUAAAUUGGUAAAGAGUUUGAAGCCUGAACUUUGGGGUGGAGAAUCAAUGCCUGUAGCUAAGCUGCCACAAGCAGUUAAGAAUAAGAUAACCGAGGAGAUACUGCAAAGAUUGAGAAACUUGACACCAAAUGCUACUGCCAGCGAGCAGCAAGAAGCGGUUCAAACCUUGCGCCACGAGAAACUUAAAGAAGCCAAAAAGUUAGCCGAUGGAGGAAAGGGAUUGAAUUCAACUAUUCUUCAAGAGGAAGCAGGGAAUUUAGUAAAAGUCUUGGAGUCUGAUUGGGCUGCGCUGUCAGAAGAGAUUGGCCUUUGGAUACCCACUGCAAUUGAGAAUCAAGAACACAAUGAUAAGCCUGAGGGUGUGGAAGAUACCGAAGAUGAAGAACAAAUUUUAGCAGGGAGGCCUCUGCCACCAGAAUGCAAUCCUGAAAUUCAUACCGAUUAUGAAGGUGAUUGUGUUCGAUGGGGUCUUUCAAACCUCCAAGAAAGUGCAGCUGAUUGCUGCCAGGCUUGCCUAGAUCAGGCGAAAUCCGCGAAGCCAGAUCAAAAGAAAUGCAACAUAUGGGUUUAUUGUCCGUCCGAGUCCGGUUGCUAUUCCCCAGAUAAAUAUGAACACAAACACAUGGUCUGCUGGCUGAAAUACUCGGAGAAGCCGUCUUUGAACUUUAAGGACAGAUACUCUGAAGAAUAUAGAAAUAGCCACCCGAAUGUGCCUGUUUUCGUUCCUUGGGUAUCCGGUGUCAUUAGCGCCUGAAGUUCAAUUGUCUGAACUCAAUCUGAGACCAUGCUGCUGACUCUUCAGAAUGCUCCAUUUACAUCUGAUCAACAGAAGUCGAAUAUUUUUGGUACCAGGAAAGAGAUGAGAAUUUAAGAGGCUUUUCUUUGUAGUUUAAUCAAUUCCAUUGUUUAAAAACAAUGGAUUUUAUUGUUAGGGGUAACUUGAAUGAUUUCCUAAAUAAUUAGUUGACCAUUUUAAUUUGGUUCAUGCAAAAC